AUGGAGGUGUCGUCUCCUCCGGUGCCGAACCCUGCGGUUUUGGCCAACGGGGGAAGCGCGCCAGCUCCUGCUUUUCCAACCAUCGAGCCGGAACGGGUGGUUGAGCAUCUUGCUGCCGUUUGUCAGGUAGCUCUCGGCGCUACGCGGGAGGAUCUCGAGCAGCCUGGGAAUUUGUUGCAUAAGAGCCGGUAUUCCGAGACUGUUUCGCGCUGCACACGUUUUGCGAAUGAUACCCAGAAUGUGCUGUAUAUCCAGAAGGAUAUUGCGCAUUCUUCUGCUGUCGAGAACGGGACAGAUACCGCUGUCCCGUCAUCGUUUUAUUACACUCUUUCCACCGAGAUAUCUUCCUCCGCCACAACCGUUGCGUCUCUCGUUUUGUUAAAGACACCACAACCUAUCGAUCCGACCCGACCCCUUACAUCUCAAAUAUUUAUUACUAAUCUGCCUGGUCCUGCCUCCCUUAAUGCCGCUGUGGGAGAGCAAGGCGCUUCACUCUCCCCGUGGGAGGUUCUUCAUUCUCAAGUCCACCAUGCUUUGGUUCCUUAUUUCGAUGCCAAUACAAAGAGUCAGCAACUGGCCAACGGAUCUAGAGGUCGCUCCGAUGUCGAUGCGAAGACGGGUAUUCCGGUUACGAAGAAGAGACUUAAUGACCUGGAAUUGAGUUUGCUCCAUCUGCAACAGAACGUCGACAUCCCCGAGAUAUCCCUGACGUUUCACUCCAUUGUCCAAAAUGUUCUCGACGAGGCUGAAGCCCGCCACGGCCGACCAUCCAUCGAUGCGAUUCCACAAAAUCUGUUGCAGGACAGUUCGUUUCUGAACCGGUUGCAGGCCAACGUGAACACUUGGAUCAAAUCCAUUCAGGGCAUUACCAAGAUGACCAAGGACCCUUCCUCAAACGCCAACCAGGAGUUCAGCACUGCCAGCCAGGAGGUAAACUUUUGGCUAUCCAUGGAGUCAGCUUUGGAGGGCAUCGAGGGUCAGCUGCGGAGCGAAGGUGUUCUCCUGACACUUGAGAUUCUCAAGCAUGCCAAGCGAUUUCAGGCCACUGUCAGCUUUACUGCUGAUACGGGGUUGAAGGAGGCAAUGGAUAAGGUGCAAAAAUACAACCAGCUUAUGCGAGAUUUCCCCUUGGAUGAGUUGUUGUCUGCUACCUCAUUGCCCAAAGUCCAAGAAGCCGUUUCCCAGAUCUUCAGCCAUCUGAAUAAGAAGCUGAGGAUUUGCCCCUAUCCAAUUCGCCGAGCUCUGCCGCUGGUCGAAGCAAUCUCUGCGGACCUCGACGACGUUCUUCAUCGGCUUCUUCCUGGCACCGAACUGGUGAAUCUCGAUUACCAACAAUUUCAAGCGCUCAUGCGCACCUGUGAUGGCAUUUUCCGCACCUGGGAGGAGAACGUCAAGGAGUUCACAAACGUAGCUCGUGAAGUCACCCGUCGUCGUAACGAAAAGUUCAUUCCCAUCAAGAUCAACAAGAAGCACUCGGAACUCGAAUCUCGAAUUAAGUACGUUGACACAUUUCGUGACAAUCACGAGCAGCUUCAACGAACGAUUGUCAACGUUCUUGGCCCCAAGGCUACAAUCCCCGGCGUGACCGAGACGACGGGCACAAAUGGCGUUGUUGUAGAAGAGAUUGGCGACGUUGAUGCCGUGGAGGAAGUGAAGCAAGCUUGGGAAGCGUUGCAAAACGUCGACUUGUUGGAUGUUACGGAGCAAGGCAAGGAACGAUGGGUUCGAGCAGAGAACCUGUACAAUGAGCGCACAACGCGAGUGGAAAACUCCAUCAUCGCCAGACUUCGAGACCGACUCGCAACGGCAAAGACUGCCAACGAAAUGUUCCGCGUCUUUUCCAAGUUCAAUGCCCUUUUUGUUCGUCCAAAGAUUCGUGGUGCCAUCCAAGAAUAUCAAAACCAGCUCAUGGACCAUGUCAAACAAGCCAUCAACGGCCUCCACGAGCGAUUCAAGCAACAAUAUGGCCACUCGGAGGCUCACGCUAUGGCUCAACUCCGUGACCUGCCACCAGUCUCUGGAGCAAUCAUCUGGGCGCGGCAAAUUGAACUUCAGUUGGAUGGCUAUAUGAGAAAGGUAGAGGCUGUUUUGGGUCCGGACUGGACACUUCACGCCGAGGGCCACAAACUGCAAGAAGAAAGCGAACUUUUCAAACACAAGCUUGACACGGGGAGAAUUUACGAAGCCUGGCUGACAGAUGUUGGCCGACGCAAGAUUUCCAUUUCUGGCCAACUCUUCGACAUUGCUCGAGUCCGUUCUGCCGGAGGCAUCCUCGAACUUGCCGUAAAUUUUGACCCGCAAAUCAUCACUCUGUUCAAGGAAACGAGGAACUUGACCUGGCAAUCUUAUUCUGUUCCCCAUGCAGUGACGACUGUAUCAAAGGAUGCAAAGAGGGUGUACCCCUAUGCUGUUAGCCUGAUGGAGAGUGUCAGAACUCUUUCCCAGACCUUGCGACAAAUUUCCACCAUGGGUGAAGAGUCGGUCUUGCUCAAUGGCUAUCGCAACGACGUUUACAAACUUAUUGGCGACGGUGUUCCUCUACGUUGGGAAUCGUUCAUCAACUCUCACGAGCUCUUCUACGCUGACCAACGGCAACCUCGUCCCAUGCUUCCAGGAGGCACUGAAUUUGCUCUCUCCAAGAACAAUGAGAGCAAGCACGGCAUGUUUAUUCGAGGCUUUGCUGCCGCAGUAUCUGUGCUCCAAAGCAAGGCGGUCUCUCUCAGUCAUAUCCAUGCUACCGUCGAACAAUCGCUCAAGGACAUUAGCACCUGUGAAUAUGACAGUUCUGCCUUUCAGUCUCGUUUGAACACCAUUCAGGCCGCUGUCGAUCAAUUGAACUUGGAGCAAUAUGUCAACUUGGACUUUUGGGUCCGAGACUUGAAUCAGAAGAUACAAUCUACUCUAUUAGAUCGCCUGCACGCUGCUAUUACCUCUUGGAUUGCUGCAUUUGAGGAAGAGGUCUCUGACGAUGGCCGGCGGAAGAAGACUGGCGGAGACGAGGAUAAAGCAGAUGGGCCAACAAUGAAGCGACUGGUGCUUGAGUUGGCUAUGCGAAACCAAGUCAUUUACCUCGAUCCUCCGCUGGAGUAUGCGAGAGCGAGCUGGUUCUUGCACUUGCAUGACUGGUUGGGCAUCGUUUGCAACCUUCGAAAGAUCAAGGCCGCACGAUAUCAGAUGAGCCUAAACACCACCGUCACCGACGAAGCUCGAUUCACCGACCUGCCUACCGAGUGUGCUGAUAUGCUUCAUCGCGUCUAUAUUUCCGUCGAGAACAAACUUCGAGAGAUUGGGGCCUAUGUCGACAAGUGGCUUCAAUUUCAGUCGCUCUGGGACCUGCAGUCAGAGCAGGUGUACGAUAGUCUUGGCGACCACCUGCCUCGCUGGCUUGAGUGCUUGCAAGACAUCCGCAAAGUUCGCACCACCUUUGAUACGCAAGAAGUUAGUCGAUCGUUUGGCCACAUCACCAUCGACUACGACCAGGUGCAGACAAAAGUGAAUGCCAAGUACGACCAGUGGCAGCAUGAGAUCUUGAUCAAGUUCGCCAGCCGUCUUGGCAACCGCAUGCGAGACGUUAAUGCCGAUAUCGAAAAGGCCCGCAAGCAACUUGAAGGACAGAGCUCUGACACGUCAUCCACCGCCCAAGCCGUCCAAUUCAUUACAGCUGUUCAGAGCUGCAAACGCAAUGUUAAGCUCUGGGCACCUGAGAUUGACAUGUUUCGCCAGGGGCAGUCGACUCUGGUGCGACAGCGAUACCACUUCCCUAAUGAUUGGCUUCACAUUGAGCAGAUUGACAGCCAGUGGGAGGCGCUUAAAGAGAUCCUCGAGAAGAAGUCGCGCAUCAUGGAGGAGCAAUCCGACGCCAUGCGAGCCAACAUUGUUGCUCAGGAUAAGUUGGUCAACGAACGCAUUGCCGAGAUCAUAGCUCAAUGGAAUGAGGAGAAGCCCGUCUCCGGCACUAUACAGCCUGACGAGGCAUCGGCCACUCUAAGUUCGUUCGAAAUCAGAAUUGCCAGUUUACAGGAAGACUUCCAGCAAGUUGUCAAAGCCAAGGAGGCGCUUGAUAUCCAUGUUAGCGGCGACAGCUCACUCGACGCCACGCUUGAGGAAGUCCGCGACUUCCAGUCCGUUUGGUCCAACUUGACUACGAUUUGGUCCAGCUUAAAUGAGACUCGAGAGAUUCUCUGGACUGCUGUCCAGCCUCGUAAGAUUCGCUCCAAAGUUGAUGAUCUUAUCAAAAGCACCAAGGAAAUGCCCAGUAGAAUGAGACAAUAUGCCGCCUUUGAGCAUGUUCAGUCUGUGCUUCGUGGGUUCCUGAAAGUCAACCCCAUCUUGUCAGACCUCAAGUCAGAUGCCAUUCGGGAGCGCCACUGGCACAAGAUCUACAAGCAAAUUCAGCCUCAGAAGCGUUUCUCUCCCAGCUCAAUGACACUGGGUGAUGUCUGGGACCUCAACCUUGUGGCUACCGAAGCCAUUGUCAAAGAUAUUAUCGCCCAGGCACAGGGAGAAAUGGCACUCGAGGAAUUCUUAAAACAAGUUCGCGAAACUUGGCAGAACUAUGCUCUGGACAUGGUCAAUUAUCAGAACAAAUGCCGUUUGAUUCGCGGUUGGGACGACCUCUUUGCCAAGUGCAGCGAAAACUUGAACUCGCUGCAAGCUAUGAAGCAUUCGCCCUACUACAAGGAGUUUGAAGAGGAAGCCGUUUCCUGGGAAGACAAACUAAACCGAGUACAUGUGCUCUUUGACGUGUGGAUCGAUGUUCAGCGCCAGUGGGUGUAUCUCGAAGGUGUUUUCACUGGCAACGCGGAUAUCAAACAUCUUCUCCCCAUCGAGUCUGGCCGUUUUCAGAACAUCAACAGCGAAUUCUUGGCCGUCAUGAAAAAGGCCAACAAGACCCCGUAUGUCUUGGACGUCCUUAACAUUCCCAAUGCCCAGAAGUCCCUGGAGAGACUAGCAGAAAUGCUGAAUAAGAUCCAGAAGGCUUUGGGUGAAUAUUUGGAAAAGGAACGAGUGUCAUUCCCCAGAUUCUACUUCGUCGGUGACGAGGACCUCCUUGAAAUGAUUGGUAACAGCAAUGACACGCUACGCAUUGCUAAGCACUUCAAAAAGAUGUUUGCUGGUCUGUCUGGUCUCAAGAUGGGCGACGAUGAGACUAUAAUUUCUGCCUUCACUUCCAAAGAAGGCGAAACUGUCUACCUCAAAAAGGAAAUUUCACUGGCAAAGACACCUCGCAUCAAUGACUGGCUGGCUCUUCUUGAAGGAGGCAUGAAGUCAACUCUCGCCGAGUUGCUCGCCGAAGCCGUGGACCAGUACACACCGAUCUUCGAGUCUGAAACCAUUGACGGCGCCGCUCUGAAUGCUUUUAUGGACGCGUUCCCUAGCCAAAUAGUUGUUCUUGCUACGCAAGUUGCAUGGACAACUGCAGUGGACAAGUCCCUGGCUGACGGCGGACGAACAUUGCAGACCUUGUUUGAGAGAGAAGUUCAGGUGCUACGAGUGCUUGCCGAGACCGUGCUGGGUGACUUGGAGGUCAUCUUGCGAAAGAAGUGUGAGCAGAUGAUCACCGAAUGUGUCCACCAGCGCGAUGUUAUUGAGAAGCUCAUCAAGAACAAUGCGGACUCUCCCAGUCACUAUCUCUGGCAACUGCAAAUGAGAUAUGUUUAUACUCCUAACGGCAACUUCCUAGACCGCCUUUACGUCAUGAUGGCCAACGCCAGGCUCAACUACGGUUUUGAAUACCUUGGUGUCCCUGAUCGUCUUCGCCUUGGUGGUUCACCAUACGGUCCUGCCGGAACAGGCAAAACUGAAUCUGUAAAGGCCCUUGGUCUUCAACUUGGCAGGUUCACCCUAGUCUUCUGCUGUGAUGACACUUUCGACUUCCAAGCAAUGGGCCGCAUUUUCUUGGGUAUUUGCCAAGUGGGAGCGUGGGGUUGUUUCGACGAGUUCAAUCGUCUGGAAGAGAGAAUCCUCUCUGCCGUAUCGCAGCAGAUCCAGAACAUUCAACUUGGAUUGAAGCAAGGCGCUGAAGACAGCAAGUCGCAGAUUGAAUUGGUCGGCCGCCAGCUGAGCGUCAAUGAAAACACUGGCAUCUUUAUCACCAUGAAUCCAGGCUACGCUGGCCGGUCCAACUUGCCCGACAAUUUGAAGAAGUUGUUCCGCAGUGUGGCUAUGUCCAAACCAGACAAGGAGUUGAUCGCGGAAGUUAUGCUUUACUCACAAGGUUUCAACCAGGCGAAGCAGUUGUCCAAGCAGACUGUGCCCUUCUUCGACCAAUGCUCGGGGAGGCUCUCUAAGCAGGCACACUACGACUUUGGUUUGCGUGCGUUGAAGAGUGUCUUGGUUAGCUCUGGUGGUCUCAAACGGGCUCGCUUGACUGAUGGCAACCUUGGCUCCGAUGUCGUCGUCGAGCCUGAGAUUAUUGUCCAGAGUAUUCGAGAGACUAUUGCUCCUAAGCUGAUUAAAUCCGAUGUCGACAUCCUAACAGCGAUUGAAAAGGAUUGUUUCCCGGGCAUCGAGUACGUUCCCGCCAAUCUGCAUGAAUUGGAGGAAGCUAUCCGAACUCUGGCCGCAGAGCGUCACCUUGUCGUGACUGAUUUGUGGAUGACCAAGGUGUUGCAGCUAUAUCAAAUUCAGAAGAUCCAUCACGGUGUCAUGAUGGUUGGUAAUUCAGGUACUGGCAAGUCUACUGCUUGGAGACUCCUGCUCGAUGCUCUCCAAAAGGUUGAAGGAAUUGAGGGCGUCUCACACGUCAUUGACUCCAAGGUCAUGUCCAAAGAGGCCCUGUACGGUAAUUUGGAUGCCACCACACGUGAAUGGACAGAUGGUCUUUUUACCAGCAUCCUCCGCAAGAUUGUCGACAACCUCCGUGGCGAAGAUUCCAAGCGUCACUGGAUCGUCUUUGAUGGUGACGUUGAUCCUGAGUGGGUGGAGAAUUUGAACAGUGUGCUCGACGAUAACAAGCUUCUUACACUGCCCAAUGGUGAGCGUCUGAACCUGCCACCCAAUGUCCGAAUCAUGUUCGAAGUCGAGACAUUGAAGUAUGCUACACUCGCUACUGUCAGUCGAUGCGGUAUGGUUUGGUUCAGCGAGGAUACCGUCUCUCCAGACAUGAUGGUCACGAACUAUCUGGAAAGUCUUCGAAGCGUACCAUUCGAAGACCUGGACGAGGACAGUGUUGCAACUGGGCAGAACCCCGCCAAGAUGCUUGCUGUUCAAAGUGAAGUUGCCGACUUGCUCAAGGUGUACAUGACAUCCGAUAACUUUAUUCAUGAAGCCCUUGAACGAGCCGCAAAGUACAACCACAUCAUGGAAUUCACCGUGGCUCGUGUUCUCAACACACUGUUCUCGCUACUCAACAAAGCUGUCAGGGAUGUGAUUGAGUACAACGGCCAGCAUACAGACUUCCCACUGGAUGCUGAACAAAUCGAGGCUUUCAUCCCCAAGAAGUUGCUUCUCGCCCUGGUCUGGGCCCUGACCGGUGACUGUCCUCUGUCGGAUCGAAAAGCUUUCGGUGACGACCUCUGUGCGUUUGCAAGCUUCGGGUCGCCACCGCUAGAUGGCAACAGCUCAUUGAUCGACUUCGAUGUUAGCCUGCCGAGAGCGGAAUGGACCUCUUGGCAAAACCAAGUACCAACCAUUGAAGUCAAUACGCACUCGAUCAUCCAGACUGAUGUUGUUAUUCCAACUCUGGAUACAGUCCGCCACGAGGAUGUACUCUACUCCUGGCUGGCUGAGCACAAACCCCUCUUACUUUGCGGUCCUCCUGGUUCCGGUAAAACAAUGACUCUCUUCAGUGCUCUCAGGAAGCUGCCGAAUAUGGAGGUUGUUGGCCUCAAUUUCUCAAGCGCCACGACUCCAGAUCUUCUCAUUAAGACCUUUGAGCAAUACUGUGAAUACAAGAAGACUCUCAACGGAGUAAUGCUAUCUCCCACGCAAAUUGGACGAUGGCUCGUUGUCUUUUGCGACGAAAUCAACUUGCCUGCCCCUGAUAAUUACGGCACUCAAAGAGCAAUCUCGUUCCUCCGACAACUUGUUGAGCAUAAUGGAUUCUGGCGCACCUCAGACAAGUCAUGGGUUACGCUGGACCGUAUCCAAUUUGUUGGCGCCUGUAACCCUCCCACAGAUGCCGGCCGUACUCCUCUGGGCGCUCGAUUCCUUCGGCAUGCACCCCUCAUCAUGGUGGACUAUCCCGGAGAGCUGUCCCUCAACCAGAUUUAUGGCACAUUCAACUCCGCCGUCCUCAAGAUCAUUCCCGCUCUCCGUGGGUACGCCGAAGCACUCACUCACGCAAUGGUCCGAUUCUACCUCGAAUCCCAACAGCGGUUUACUCCUAAAAUCCAGCCUCAUUAUGUUUACAGUCCUCGAGAGCUUACUCGCUGGGUUCGUGGUGUGUACGAGGCAAUCAAGCCAUUGGAGAGCUUGUCAAUUGAAGGCCUGAUUCGCAUAUGGGCCCAUGAAGCUCUUCGACUCUUCCAGGACCGUCUCGUUGCAGAAGAUGAACGCAAGUGGACUGAUGAAGCUGUUCGUCGCAUUGCUUUGGAACACUUCCCCAAUAUUGACGAGGAGAAGGCUCUUGGUGGACCCAUCCUCUUCUCCAACUGGCUUUCCAAGAAUUACGUACCCGUCGACCGUGAAGAGCUUCGAGACUUCGUCAAAGCCAGACUCAAGACCUUUUGCGAAGAAGAAGUCGACGUGCCACUCAUCUUGUUCAACGAUGUUUUGGAGCAUGUGUUGCGUAUUGACCGUGUCUUCAGACAACCACAGGGCCAUUUGAUCCUCAUCGGUGUCAGUGGUAGUGGCAAAACUACUUUGUCACGAUUUGUGGCUUGGAUGAAUGGCCUCAAAGUCUUCCAGAUCAAGGUUCAUGGCAAGUACUCUGGUGAAGACUUUGACGAGGAUCUCCGGGACGUACUGCGGCGAUGUGGCUGUAAGGGUGAAAAGAUUUGCUUCAUCAUGGAUGAGUCGAACGUUCUCGACUCUGGUUUCUUGGAGCGCAUGAACACACUCCUAGCCAACGCAGAAGUGCCUGGUUUAUUUGAAGGUGACGAAUAUGCCGCCCUCAUGACUGCUUGCAAGGAAGGCGCCCAGCGCCAGAACUUGCACCUGGAUUCCCCCGAGGAACUCUACAAGUGGUUUACUCAACAGAUUGUCAAUAACCUUCACGUUGUCUUUACAAUGAACCCACCAGAGGAUGGCUUGUCCUCCAAGGCUGCCACCAGUCCCGCCCUGUUCAACAGAUGUGUACUUAACUGGUUUGGAGACUGGUCAGAUCAGGCUCUUUUCCAGGUCGGUCACGAGCUCACGCAUUCUAUUGAUCUCGAUCGUAGUACAUUCCAGGCCCCUGACACCAUUCCCGUUGCCUACCGUGGUCUCAACUUACCACCGUCUCACCGCGAGACUGUCGUCAAUUCGAUGGUAUAUAUCCACUAUUCGCUUCAACGAUACAACGAGAAGCUGUACAAGCAGCAGAAGAAGGUCACUUUCCUCACGCCUCGCCAUUUCCUGGACUUUGUUGGCCAGUAUGUCAAGUUAUACAAUGAGAAGCGUGAAGAUUUGGAAGAGCAGCAGCGUCAUUUGAACGUUGGUCUUGAGAAACUCAGGGACACUGUGGACAAGGUGCGAGAUCUGCGAGUGAGCCUAGCGGAGAAGAAGACGCAACUUGAACAGAAGGAUGCAGAGGCGAACGAGAAGCUGCAGCGCAUGGUGGCAGAUCAGAGAGAGGCGGAACAGAGGAAGAACACAUCAUUGGAGAUUCAGGCGGCACUGGAGAAGCAAGAUGCAGAGGUGGCAAAGAGAAAGAAGGUCGUAUUGGAGGAUCUUGCAAAGGCAGAACCUGCUGUGGAAGAGGCCAAGGCCAGUGUCAGCAACAUCAAGAGACAGCAUUUGACCGAAGUCCGAUCUAUGGGCAACCCUCCAUCCGGUGUCAGGCUGGCCCUCGACGCCGUUUGCACCUUGCUUGGCCACAAGAUCAAUGAUUGGAAGGCGGUGCAGGCGGUUGUGCGCAGAGAUGACUUCAUUGCCAGUAUCAUCAUGUUCGAUAACGGCAAGCAGAUGACGAGGGCAUUGCGAAACAAGAUGCGAAACGAUUUCCUCUCCAACCCCGAAUUUACUUUUGAGAAGGUCAAUCGCGCUUCCAAGGCUUGCGGUCCCCUCGUACAAUGGGUCGCAGCUCAAGUCAACUACUCGGAUAUUUUGGAUCGCGUAGGGCCCUUGAAGGAGGAAGUUACCCAGCUUGAAGAGCAAGCCCUUCAAACGAGAGCUGAAGCAAAGGCUGUCGAAAACAACAUUGCCGAACUCGAGUCCAGCAUCAAUACCUACAAGACCGAAUAUGCUGCCCUUAUUAGCGAGACACAGGCUAUCAAGUCCGAAAUGUCCAAGGUCCAAUUCAAGGUGGACAGAAGUGUGCGACUCCUGGACAGCUUGUCAUCCGAGAGAACUCGUUGGGAAGAAGGAAGCAAGUCUUUCGAGACACAAAUCAGUACCCUCGUUGGUGAUGUGCUUACGGCCGCUGCCUUCUUGGCAUACAGUGGUUUGUACGACCAGACUUUCCGAAAGUCCAUGAUGGAUGAUUGGUGCCACCAGCUUCACCUGUCCGGAAUCCAGUACAAGUCCCCCAACCCAGUUACCGAGUACCUUUCAAGCGCAGACGAGCGGCUGGGAUGGCAGGAGAACAUGUUGCCAGUGGAUGAUCUCUGUACCGAGAACGCAAUCAUUCUCAAGCGCUUCAAUCGCUAUCCUCUCAUCAUUGACCCAUCUGGAAGAGUCACGGAAUUCCUGCAGAGGGAGUGCAAGGACAGAAAGCUCACGGUCACUAGCUUCUUGGAUGAUACAUUUACGAAGCAACUUGAAAGCUCGCUGCGUUUCGGUAACCCAAUUCUUAUCCAGGACGCCGAGCACUUGGAUCCUAUCCUCAACCAUGUCUUGAACAAGGAGUACCAACGGACUGGUGGACGUGUUCUUAUCCAGCUUGGUAAGCAAGAGAUUGAUUUCUCGCCCGCGUUCAAGAUAUACUUGUCCAUUCGUGAUCCUUCGGCGCAGUUUGCUCCGGAUAUCUGCAGUCGAACUACCUUUGUCAACUUUACGGUCACCAAGAGCUCUCUGCAAACUCAAUCUCUUAACGAUGUGCUCAAGUCAGAGCGACCCGACGUUGAUGAGCGACGUACCAAUCUCAUCAAGCUUCAGGGCGAGUUCAAGGUUCAUCUCCGCCAGCUUGAGAAGCAGCUUUUGCAAGCUCUCAACGAGUCUCGCGGUAAUAUUCUCGAUGACGACAACGUGAUAGAGACACUGGAGAGACUCAAGACAGAGGCAGCGGAGAUUUCUGCCAAGAUGAGCAACACUGAAGGCGUCAUGGCCGAGGUGGAGGAAAUUACGCAGCAGUACGGCGUCAUUGCCAGCUCGUGCAGUGCCGUAUUUGCUGUGCUUGAUCAACUACACUUCCUCAAUCACUUUUACCAGUUCUCUCUACAGUACUUUUUGGAUAUAUUCCAGCUGGUACUCCAUGGUAACAAGAGCCUUGCCAACGAGACGGAUCAUAACGCGCGUCGUGACAUUAUUGUCAAGGAUCUUUUCGUCAAUACCUUUAGGCGGACAGCCCUCGGUCUGCUUCAGAAGGACCGGAUCACGCUUGGCAUGCUUCUCGCCCAGGCAUCCCCUUACAAGAUGGACAAAUCACUCAUUGACAUUGUCCUCGACAAGCGUAUCGAAGGCAAAGACCUUUCCUCUACUCCAGAGUUGAAGGACGAAGCCUUCAUCGAAGCCAAGAAACUCGGCGUCUUGAAGGAGAAGAUUGAUGGCGUCCCGGCUACCGAAUGGGAUAAGUUCUUCGCCGAAGAGCUUGCAGAAGAUGUUGUACCCCAAAUUUGGGAUGACAAGACCAGCCCGGUCGAUCAAUCAUUAUUGUCUCUGCUCCUUGUCAAGCUGUUCCGAAUGGACCGGUUUGUGCCUGCGGCAGAACGAUUCGUCGGCCAAGUGUUUGGCAGUGAGAUCUUUGACUUUGUCGAAGACCUCAAGGACACGGUUACUCAAGUGUCGGCUACCCUCCCAAUUGCUUUGGUAUCUAGCCCUGGUUUCGAUGCUAGUUACAAGGUGGACAACCUAGUGGAGAGGAUGAAUGUCAAGUGCACCAACAUUGCGAUGGGAUCCAACGAAGGUCUCGCCAGCGCUGACAAGGCCAUUAGCAAUGCCGCUCAGAACGGAUCUUGGGUUCUGGUCAAGAAUGUCCAUUUGGCGCCCACGUGGCUGCAGAGUCUUGAGAAGCGCAUGGAGGCGCUUAAUCCCCAAAAGGACUUUAGACUAUUCUUGUCCAUGGAGUCUAGCCCCAAGAUUCCCGUCAAUCUCUUGCGGGCUUCCCGGGUGUUGAUGUACGAACAACCUGCAGGUGUACGGGCCAACAUGAAGGACUCGAUGUCUUCGCUGUCUACCCGAUCAACCAAGAGCCCUGUGGAGAGAACGAGACUGUACCUGCUCAUCUCGUUCUUGCACGCCGUUGCUCAAGAACGGCUCCGAUAUGCCCCAGACCUUGGUUGGAAGGGUUUCUGGGAGUUCAACGAUAGCGAUUAUGAAUGCUCGGCGUUUAUUGUUGAUACCUGGCUCGAUGGCGUGGCGGGCAACCGAACGAAUAUUGCUCCGCAAAAUAUUCCAUGGGAGAUGAUUCGGUACUUGGUCACUGAGACGUAUGGUGGCAAGAUUGAUGAUGAAGGCGACUUCAAGCUGCUUGGACAGCUGGUUACUACAUUCCUUACGCCUGAUGCAUACGACGUUGAUCACAAACUGGUGGACGGACCCGACGGCGGGCUUCUUGUGCCUUCUGGAACCAGCCUACAGGACUUUAUGGGGUGGAUUCACAAGCUGCCUGAACGCGAGCCACCUACAUACCUCGGCCUGCCUGCCAAUGCAGAGAAGCUGUUGCUUGUCGGUCUGGGCCGCAGCUUGAUUACUGAUUUGCGGAGGGUGACAGAGCUGCUGGACCAGGGAGAGCAGCUGGUGACGGAUUCAUGA